AGAACUAUAGUAGUCCCCAUGAAGUAGGAUAAGGAGAGGUAACGCCUGUAGCCAAUCGCUAGAAAACUUGACACCAUAUAGGGGGGACCACAGUAGUACGACUUUCUAUUUUCCUACUGUUGACAGCGCUUGCGGUGGGAAAUAUUUGAAUUAUAUUUUAUCACGUGACCUACCGCGAAAAGAGAAACAUAACCUGAAUGUUUCACAUGGUGUUUUUGUUGUUAAAAUUCAGUCGUUUGUUUUACACAUGAAGUAUUUCAGUAAUGUGUUAGUGUUUUGAAAAAUGAAGAGUUGUUUUAUAAAGCAUUGCGAUUCGGGUUCGAAAACCCAAAUAAAAAGAGAUGGUUGUGUUCGAAGUUUUUUUAAACCUUCCAUGAAAAUGUUAGCAACAUGGUCAGAGGCUAUUCGAAGAUUUGACAAAACUAUGAAUGUAACUCAUAAGCUUUGUGAGUUACAUUUUAAAGAGUCUGACAUUGACAGAUACUUCGAAUGUAAAUUGCCUAAUGGAAAUGUUGACAAAAUAUUAAGAGAUAGGCCAAAAUUGAAGGAAGGUGCCAUUCCCUGCGUUUAUUUGGAAAAUAUAAAUAAACUUUAUCCAGAAAUUGCAGUAGAAACCGUUGAAGAUGAUAUUAACGGAUUUGAAGGCAUUUUAAAACAUAUUAAAAAUUGUACACUGCCGUCUGAUAAUUGGUCAGUUCAAGUGACAAAAAAUAAUAUACUUUGGAUUCGUGUAAUGGAAGAUGAAAGUUUUUCAUGUAGACGUGUAAUAUUGGGAAGAGAUCUAGAAGUUAAACUGACUUGCAGCCAUGUUGCAGACGAUAAAUUUUAAUUCUUCGCUUUCCCCAAAGGAGCGCUCGCGACAUUAGGAAAAAAGAAAGCCUACUACUGUGGUCCGUCUAUCUGAGGGCCAAUGAAUAUACGCCGUUACCUCUCCUUAUCCUACUUC